GUACACUGUCACAGGAAGUCGGCCAUGUUUCUUUGUUAGAAAAUGGUCGGUUAGAGAUCAGGGCAUAGAAUUCAAGUAAACAUCUAUUUAACGAUGGCUCUUCCAAGUUUUAGAAAUAUUGCAUCAUCGCCACAGAUCGGCAGUAAAGCCAGGUGUUCUGUUCCAUCGGAAACAAAGGGGAGUAGUCCAUUUGUACAGUCUAGUCAUGGUCAUCCCAACUUCCAUCCCGUUAAAAUGGGUUCUAGACGAGAUCGAGAUAGUGGUAUUCCUAAACCACCAAAACCACCGGACAAGCCACUCAUGCCAUACAUGAGGUAUAGUCGCAAGGUUUGGGAAGGAGUGAAAGCUGCAAAUCCUGAUCUUAAACUAUGGGAAAUAGGAAAAAUAAUCGGUGGGAUGUGGAGAGAUUUAUCUGAAAUUGAUAAACAAGAAUUUAUUGAAGAAUAUGAAUCGGAAAAAUCGCAGUAUAAUGAAGCCAUGAAGGCUUACCAUAAUUCUCCCGCUUAUCAAGCUUGGGUCUCCGCUAAGAGUAAAGCUGCGGCAGAAGCAGCCAUCGAAGAAGAGGAAAGGACGUCUGAAAGAUCUGCUGAAAGACAAAGAAACUCGGCUAAGUCGAAAUUGGAAAUGCCUAGAAUUAGUAUACAGCCUGCUGAAGAUGAGGAUGAAACUGAUGACGGAUUUUCUGUAAAACACAUAGCUCAUUGUCGUUACACUAGAAAUCAUCGUUUGAUAAAUGAUAUAUUUAGUGAAAGUGUUGUGCCAGAUGUGCGUACUGUCGUAACGACAGGUAGAAUGAGCGUAUUAAAAAGACAGGUACAAUCACUGACAAUGCAUCAGAAAAAAUUGGAAGCAGAACUUCAGACUAUCGAGGAGCGCCAUGAUGCAAAGAAGCGAAAGUUUAUGGAAUCAAGUCACCAGUUUCAUGACGAUUUAAAGAAGCUGUGUGAUAGUAAACCUCAGAUAAGUGAAGAUAUGUUGAAUGGUAUGGUAACUAAGGCUAAAGAAGACAUUAAAAAUAGACAGACUCAAAUGGCGCAACAACAAGAGGAAGAAAGAAAAAAAGUAGACGAGAAAAGCAAAAAAGAAGAGGACGGACAAAAGGAUGGAGAUAAUAAAUCUAAUGAAGAUGAACGAAUAGAAGAAAUUCCCAUGGAAACUGACCAAAAUGUUGGACAAAUUCAUGCAGCAGAUAAAGUAGAAAGCGUAGAACCAGAUUCCAGUAUGCCGUCUUUAAAGGAACUUCAUGAAGAAAGUAUGCCGGCACCAGAUACAACCACUGAUAUUCCUUCUGAACAAAGUAUGAAUAAUGAUGAUAAAACAGAAAGUAGAGUACACAGUUCAACAGAAGAAAACGAGGAAGUGGAUGCUUCUAAAAAACAUGAACAAAAAGAGACCCUUGUUAAAGAAGCGACAUCAUCAAGUGACAGCGACACUAAACAAGCAGAAACAAACAGUGGAGGAAAUGAAAAAAGCUGAAAUCAAAAUCUCGUCAUAUUAACUAUUAAUAUGGAACACCUUUACAAGAAAAAGAACAUCCUUCUUGGUCGAACAUUUGAGUGCUCUUAAAGUAGCUAAGUCUCUAACUCAGUAUCAUAUCAUCCAAAUGUUUCGACAUCGAAAACACAAAUUGUUUGUCAAGUUAAAUCAACAUUGAUGUUGUGAUCUUACUGGGAAAAGAUGGGCUUCUGAUAUCCAAUAUUUAAGACAAAAUAAACAUUUUAUCAUUGGUACACAAAUCGUGUACCAUAAUGUGUUUCAGCGCCAUUUGUAACAAGGGACUCAAAGAACAAGGCUAGACAUGGCAAACGGUGACAUCAUAUUCUUAUCUGGAGAGCAUGCACAAUAACCAGACGCUAGAGAAUGCCAUUAAAUUGAGACUUCAGACGUAUUUCGCCGAACAUAACUGAUUAGAAAUUAUAGUAAAAACAGAAACGAUUGAAUGUAAAUCAGUUUAUAUACGGUACAUUCAUAUUACAUUAUUAUAUGCGUUGCUACCCAUUUAUGUCCAUUUCUAGGUCCCAUGUUAUGUAUUAGCGAUUUAGCUCCUUUAAAUGUAUUGCAACCAUAAUUGUACUGAUUGUUGUUUGGUCAUUAGAGAUAGGGAGGUUAAUAGUGUUUAUUAUUAUAUGUUAAUUACCACGAUUGAGAGUAUCAGCACUGAAUAUUCACUAGGCCAAUACAAUUACUGAAAGGGAUGACAUUGGUGCAGGUUAAUUAGCUCGCAAUAUUAACCUUUUUUCCUUUGCCAAUUAAAUUCUAGAACAUUGUUUUGAAGUAAUAGAAAAAUAAUGAAAGGUAUUUGAAGUAUAUCUGGAUAAAAAUAUUUCCUAUUUAGUGUAAAUGGGUAUAUAAAAUGAGUAAAAGGCACCAUUCUGCCCGAAACAGUCUAUGCUACUACACUAUGUCAUGUUAACAAAUGAUGCAUCAUUGAGCCAGUGAUCGAGGUCGUAUUUGAUAUGAUGUAACAUGUAGAAGGUGUACUUGAACUUAUAAAGAUCAGUCAUUUUAUACAGAGUUGGAAGUAUGCUUUCGGAAUAUUGUACUUGUCUAAUUGUGGUAUAAUUCUUGUAUUUACUGUAAUUAAUGUAAGGUAUAAAGAUAUCUUAAACUACCAUUUCAGAUGGAUUCCCUGGUUGUAUGUGACAGGGAGUAGGGUCGUCUGUCCACUGUCCAGUCUUGUGGGUUUCCUCUGGGUCCUGCGAUUUCCUCCCACUGCUAAAGACCCCUAAGCGCAAUCAAAUUAUUGAAAUAAAGUUGAACCAUGUGUUAGUCCCAAAAUGACCUAGUUUGUGUCGAGUGGAGACUAAACCUCAUCUCUCUCUCAGAGGGCCUGGUAAGGGACAACAUAUAGUCAUUCGUAUUAGACGGAAUAUCAAGGUCCUGUGUAUACAUUGGCGUGCACGUAAAAGAUCCCUUUGCAGUCAGAAGUCGAUAAAAGAGUAGGUAGUAUUGCUUCUUUCCAGGCAAAAUGUCCAUCAUAGCACAUUGUGCAGCAUAUGCCUGCCUUCAUUAGCUCAGUCCAAGUAGGGCAUUAAACCCCAUUUCAUUUUAUUUUCAUUUUGAUCCGAGUCGUAUAAUCAUAAUCAUUUUGAUCCGAGUCGUAUAAUCAUGAUUCUAGCAACACACAAGCAUGGAAUUACAUAAUAAAAGUAAUCCAUUAUCACCACAUUUUCAUAUUUUUAUUUUGCUUUAUUAGAAAUAAAUAUCAUUUCUCUUUCAAAAAAAAAAAAGGACAGUCAUGAUAUUUUUUGUUUUCUGAUAUUAAACAGUUUAAAAGAUAA